UACGGGGGAAGCAACAAAAGAAUUUACCAAUUAUUGGAUAAUAAUUUGUUUAAGUGUUGUAUCGAAUUUAAAUUCAACUAAUGGUAGUAAUAUGUAAAGAGGAAACAUUAGUAAUCUAAAAAGUGAUUAUUAAAAAUAAAUAUUCUAUGAGAAAUAUACAAACUGCUGGUAUUUUAAUAAAAAUUCUCAAUGAAGACUUUGUUUACCCGCGAAAACCAACGAGAUGUCGAUUUAUCUCACUUUAUUUAUUUGUCUACUUUUUAUGAGUGGUGUUAUUUUGAAGGAACAUUUAAUACACGCUCAUUUUGAAUUAGAAAAUGACAAUGAUGGAGUGGAAUGCCAAUUUGGUCGUGCACUUCGCAAACAGGUUAAACCCACGCCACUCGGCGGUAUGUGUCUCAAGGAUAUUGUUUCACGUCUAUCUAAGACUCUUCGCUCUAUAGGCAACGAUGAACUUGGAUUAAAGGAAUUUCAAAGAAUGCUAGAUCAACUUGAUUUCUAUGAAGUUCCUGAUGAUCCUGCUGCUGCUCUAGAAUCUCUUGUUGACAAUAUUAAUCUCCAACUCGAAAAAUUUUAUGAUAUCCUUCAAAGAAGUCUAGAUAUUGUUUCGCCAAUGUUAGAAAAAAAUUUAUACGAACAAUAUUUGUAUUCGGAACAAUCACAAUUUCCAGCUCAACAAGAAAAGUCACGAGAUUUUUGUACACAAGUAGAGCAAGCACUGGCGAAUAAUUUGAGAUAUGAUCGAUGGAAACAGUUGCGAAUAUUGCCAAUAAAGAGACCAGGAAAAAUAUGUGGACAAGCAGGACCUGUUCGCAAUAUUGGAUCUCUAUUUUUAUCUCAAUGUAACAAGUCGAGAAAUGUUAUUGUUUUAAUGGAGCACGGAUCAUUUAUGUCAGAAGAAGACAUUGCAUUAGCCCGAGCAUCAGCCAAGACAAUGGUCGACAUGUUGUCAGAUCUUGACUUGAUUGCAUUUGUUAAUUUAGCUGACCAAGGAGCUAUUUAUUGUAAAGAUAACCUUUUAAAAGCUACGGAUGUUAAUAAGUAUCAGUUAAUUAGAAAAAUAGAUUCUGCGCCGAGAAUUGAUGUUGAAAAUGAAUCUAUUGAUUUUAAAAUACUUACAAAGAAUUUAAAUGGUAAUGUUGUCGUUGUUCAUAUUACAAACAUGCUUAAAGACGUAUCAAAUGUUGAAAAUAUUGUGAAAAGUAUAUCUUCGAAUAAUCUAACAGUUUAUUUUCGUACAGCGUUGAUUCUAUCUGAUCUCAAACCAAGUGUUAAUGUUGAAGAAACAUUUAUAAAUGAAACUACUGCCACAUUGCCGACAAAUAAUCCACUUGGAUAUGACAUAGCAAGAUUAUUUGCUAAUUUAGAUUGUCCACAAGCCAACAAGAAGCAUUUUUAUCUUUCGGAUGUAUUUUUAGAUCCUUUUGGAAAGGCUUUAUCUGUGUCAAUAGCACGUGCAACUGACAAAGUUUUAAUUUCUCUAGAUGUGAAACUACGAGAAUUCGUAGAGAAAAUCACAUACUUCAAUGCCGGUCCAGUAAAUUCAGCAAUAUUAUUUGAUAAAAAAGGAUUAGUAUGGAUGCAUAAAAAUUUUCCACGGAUUGAGACUCUUGUGGAACAGCCAAUUAAAGUUUAUUUAAGAGAUAUCGAAAAUCUGGAUCAAAAUUUGGUUGAUGAAAUGAUAACCAUUACACAAGGAUCAAAACUAACACAAAACAACUUGCACAAAACAGUCAAAUUAAGCUGGAAACAUUUGAAAUAUUUAGAUUUGAUAGUGUGUAUUGUUUCUGAAACUAAAAAUAUCACCAGAUCGGUGGCUAAAUUUCCUCCACCACUUCCAGAUAAUAUUUUACAUCACCGACUGGAUUUAGUAUCCCAAAGUUUAGCUGAUAGCGCUGAACUGUGUCUAGAUCGUCGAAGUAUUGUUAGUCCGUUAAGUGCCGUUAUGUACUUAUCACCUUGGUGCUUAAAUUCGUGGCGAGAAGAUCUUACUUCUUUGAUGAAUUUUCAAAGUUACAUGGCAUAUAUCAAAGAUGCUACCAGAAUCCUCGCUAAUCCUGGAUUAGGCCAAUUCGUUCGCAGAGAUGCUGCGAUGCUUGCACAAAUUGUUGAUCUAUUUAAAGAGCGUCAUGCUAAAAGUCCGUCUAAAAUGUUUUUUCUAAGAAGAUACGUUGCAGCAGUAGAAAGUGGAGUUGUUGAAGUUUAUCCAGGAAUGGCUUUAGAUUCAAGCUUGGAUCCAAGAAAAAGAGCAUGGUAUGGUAAAGCUAUAGAUUACCCAGGUAAAAUAGUCUUAAGUGGACCUUACCUAGAUGCUGGAGGAGCCGGAUAUAUUAUUAGUUUGAGCCAAACGAUUUUUAAAGGUCUAAACUUGACAAGUCAUAGUCCUGAAGAUCCAGUUGUUGCUGUAGCUUCAUUGGACACCACUAUCGGCUACGUAGCAAGAUUAUUAAGAGAUAUGUUACCUUUUUGUAAUGAAUCCAUGAUCAGGUGUUUCUUGAUGGAUGAUAAAGGAUAUUUAAUUUUUCACCCAUCCUUUUUGGAGCCUGCUGGAAAACUUGAAGCUCAACAUCUUACUCACAAGGAACAUCUUGUUGCCGUCGAUAUCCUUAACCAUGAAUUUUUCGUGAAGAAGAAAGUUUGUGCUAAUCACCUAGAUGGCACAGUUCAAAGAUAUUAUCAAUUUAAUACAUCUUUAUCAGAAGUUUUAACGAAUAUAAUUCAUGGAGAAAAUUGUGUUAAAUAUCAAAUAGCUGCUGUUCCUAACACUAAUCUUUUUUUCGGAGUAGUUAAUGAAACGUGUGCAUCUUCAGCAUUUUGCCCAUGCUCUACAAUGGAUCGAUUUUGUUUUAACUGCAAAAGAAUGGAACAAAUGGAAUGUGAAUGUCCUUGUGAGUGUUCUCUCUACUCUUCAGGAUGUAAAAAUACAUCUUCAGUUAAUAAUAUUGAACCUUGUGUACCUCCAUACGAACAAGGUAUUGUUCCUACAACUCGAUGGGAUCGCGUUUCUAUACCUGCACAUCUAACACUUAAUCAGUGUCCUUCACUAAAUUGUAAAGCUUAUACAAGUGAGUCUGAAUGCCUAGGAAUUGUUGGAUGUCAAUGGUGCUCUCUGGAUAUCGAUGGAGAAUCAUUCUUAGGCAACCCUUUUUGUUCUGAGGAUUAUACUUGUUUCAAAGGUGUCUUGGGUACACCUUUACCGUAUAGUGAUGGAUUUUAUAAUUCUCAAGCGGCUGGAGAUAGUGUUGGUAAAGAAUGGCCAUCAGUAGGACCGGUUGCUGGAGGGAUUCUUGCAAUAGUUUUGAUUUUUGGAGUAGCUUUAUUUUGUUAUAGACUUCAUAGUGUGCAAUCUGGAUUGGAACACCAAUGUUUACAUCUUCACGGAUCUCCAGACACCCUUCGAAUGACUCAUAUGGACAUUGGCCUUGGCGGUAGUGCUACUGACGCUGAUCCUAUUGAAUUGGAACGUUCAAAAAAUCAUCUUGAUUCUUUGCUACAUGAAAGUACACCGCCGAUUUCGCCUUAUCGAGUUUCUUCAGGGUAUAGACGACCUCCUGGAGGUGACAGUGAUCAUGGAUACAGUACAAUGACACCUCAUGAUGAUACAGAACAGCAAUCUUUCGCAGAACCUCUUCUUCUUGUUAGUGCAGCUCUUGAUUCAGAAUUUAAUUGUACUAGACCAGUAUCUCCGAUUACUCAUCUUGAGUCACCGCAUCGUGUUUUGGUGCCAGUCACCGUCCAUCGAAAUAUGGAAACUAGUUAUUGUUAAAUUAAUUAUUUUAUUUUUAUUGCCGUUUUAUUGCCAAAAUUAUUUAUGAAAUUUUUUUUUCAUCAGCUUUAUUUGAACUGAUUUUUUUCUUAUAAAAAAAUAAUUGUUAUUAACACUACCAGUGUAUAUGCGAUUCUUUUUCUCCAUAGCAUUAUGGACAUGUGACGUAAAAUCGUGCCAAUGAAUUGAUAUUUUAUACUCUUAAGCUGUUUGAAACGUACAGACUGAUUGAAAAAUUGCCACAUAUUUUUAUACAAUGAUCAAUGAAUUACUUAAAAACGCAUUUUAUACAUUUUUUUUUUACAUAGAUUUUUAAACUAGACGGGUGAAUCAGGGGUUAAUUAGUAAUUAACUAAACAAAUUUUAUACAUAAG